AUGCGGAGAGCUGGCUCAACGCCGUCAUCCGGCACUGGGCCAUCGGCUGCUUUUCAGGGCAGCUAUUACAUGUACGUGGAGGCCAGCGGCAAUCAAUACGAGGAGUUCGUGCUUCAAAGCCCAGUCUUCCCAAAGGAUGACAACACAGGGUAUAUCUCCUUCCUGUACCAUAUGUAUGGAACUGGCAUGGGCAGUCUGUGGCUGCAAGCCUGGGUUGGUGGAACCUGGACAACUGUGUGGUCAAAAUCCGGCAACCAGGGAGAGACCUGGCACUUUGCAGCGGCUGCGCUGGACAAGAAUGCUAGAGUUUUGCGCUUCCUGGGCAUGACCGGAGGUGGGAAAAGCGACAUGGCCCUGGAUGCGAUCAAGUGGUCAGAGGAUGAGUCAGAUGCCACACUGCCACGAAUUUAUCUCAGAUCUGGGCCUUGUGAAGUUGAUGGGUUUUGUUUGCAGAAUCCUAGCUUCCCUGAGCUGGGCCCGGCUGAUCUGGAAUGCGAGUUCACGAGUUCUGCGCCGAUGCACACCACGCAUUUCGAGGCGGCUGUACCGGCCUUCGGUUCGGUUUUGAUGUACCGGUCUGAUGGUGAAGGAGAAGAGCACAGUGGUCUUCCAGGUGAGGUUGGUUGCAAACUCUCAACCUACCAAAAUCCGAUUAUGCGUGCAGAGGUAGGGGAGACAAAGCGCACCAGAGGGAAAGACACACCCACGGAGCACACUUCUGACUGCUGGCCGGUGCCCAGCAUCGUGAAUGUCACAUGCGACUUUGAGCAGGAUGAGUGCAGCUGGCAAGGAUGGCAAAGAUCCCAGGGCAAUGCCAAGACUGGGGAAUGGUAUAUGACCAGCAAUGGUGAGGGCAUCUUGCUCAGCCCGCUCUUCCCGGCAGAGCCCCAUUCCAAAGUGUUGCUGUUCUCUUACCGUUCGGGUCAAGGUGGCCAGCUCCAGCUGCGAGGCCGCAGCAGCGGCUGUACCUUCAACUGCUGGACGAAGUUGUGGGAGGUCAAAGGCGCGCAGGAUGAGACCCAGGCUGACAUCUGGCAUGAAGCCAAAGUUGUGAUUCCAGCUUAUGUUGUAGGACUGCAGUUCAUGGCAGUAGGCGAUGCCGCUACCACCAGUGCAGCAGUGGACCACCUCCUCGUGGUAGAAUUUGUGGAUUCGAACCAUUUCGCAGAGCUCUCUCUCGCUGGGGCGCGUUCCUGCAUCCUACACAAAAGCACAGGUGAGGUCCGUUGCUGGGGGGAGGGCGGCUUGCUUGGACAAGGAUUUUUUAGUGAAUUUAGCAGCGAUGAGGAUAUCGGAGAUUCGCCUCUCGAGAUGCGCAACCUGCCCUCGAUUGACUUUGGUUCAGGCCGCACUGUACGCCAAGUAUCGGCCGGCAACACGCACACGGCAGUCUUGCUUGAUGACGGAACGGUCAAGACCUUCGGAUAUGAUCACGGCACAGCGCAGAACCGGCUGCCUCUCGUUGACUUGGGACACAACCGCAAGGCAUUAGAGGUGGCAGCCGGAAAUAUGGGGGUAACUUGCAUUUUGCUGGAUGACUACAUUGUCAAGUGCGGGAGGAACGGCAUCAUCGACGUCCCCCUGGAUCUGGGAACGGGCCGCACAGCGCGGCAAAUUUCCCUUGGUCACCACUCCCACCUCUGCGUACUUUUGGACGAUGGGACCGUCAAGUCCUGGCCUCCACUCUGUAAGGAAACUUGGUCCGGCGAGGCAUGUUUUCAAGACAUGCCUUCUGGAGAUACCGUGCCGACGGUGGACUUAGGAAUCGGCACAGUCCGAGAAAUUCAUUGUGGCACACACUCUUUUCCGAGUUGUGCACUAACGGACGAUGGCAGGGCAAUGUGCUGGGCUGCAGAGGCUGACAGUGCAGCAACCCAGCUUGGCGUUGGUUCUCGCACAGUGCGACAAACCACCACCGGCUGUGUCCUUCUGGAUGACUUCUCCGUGAAGUGUUAUGGAGAGGGGGCUGUGGGCACGCUUGGGCAAGGGAAUACAGCAGAUGUUUCAGACCUUGGGGAUUCCUUACCUCCUAUUGACUUGGGUACUGGCCGCACUGCGCGCCGCAUUGCAAGCAGUGAGGAACAUGUUUGUGCAGUCCUUGAUGAUGACAGCAUCAAGUGUUGGGGCUUUGGGACUCGUGGCCGGCUGGGCCAGGGGAACACACUGACCAUAGGCGACGAUCCCAACGAGAUGGGGGACUCCUUGCCCCCCAUCGACCUGCAGUCUCCCAUCACCGAGGCCUCAGUGCAGGUGCGCCUCCAUGGCGAUGGCAGGAGUUCAGCGUUACGUGGGCAGGUGCAGGUGCUGUACGAAGGCGUGUGGGGUGCCGUUUGUGACGAUGGCUGGGAUGACGUCGAUGCCAGGGUCCUCUGCAGACAGCUGGGGCUCGCAGGUGGCAAGAGCAUCUCCCGGUUUGGGGAAAGUGGACGUAUGUGGAUGCACCGUGUGGCCUGCUUUGGCCACGAAACCAACCUUGGCCACUGCCCUUUCCGAGGUUGGGACGUGCAUGAGUGCGACAAAUCGGAAGCGGCCGGCGUGGAAUGUGAAUUUGACGCAUGGAGCGAUUUCUCUACAUCGGUCAGCCCAGCCAGUCGCACGAGGCACGCCGCUGCGUGGCUGACCAGCCGCCAAUCCAUGCUUGUCUAUGCCGGGGAGGCCAGUGCUCACUUCAACUUCUUUGAGGACGUGUGGCUAUACGGUUUGCUUUCGCAGUCAUGGACGCAGCUAGCGCUGCCUGCCUCCGGCCCAUCCUCCCGGGCAGGGCAUUCCAGUGUCUGGGACGAAGCCGACGAAGAGUUGCUGAUUUUCGGUGGUCAGUAUGGCACGGAUGUUUAUGGCGAUCUCUGGAUCCUAAGCCUUCGGAACAGUACCUGGACACGGUCAAAUGCCGCGAGCCCACAAGGCCGUGCUGGGCAUUCUGCCACUUGGCAGCCCUUUCAGCGGGCAAUGCUGGUUUUCGCCGGCCAAGGGUCGUUCUUGCUGAAUGACCUUUGGAUGUACCGUGCGGAGGCCCAGACGUGGAAGCAGCUGCACAGCUCGGGCGGCCCUGCGCCACGAAGCCGCCACUCUGCUGUGUGGGACCAAGCCACGGAGGCGAUGCUGGUUUUCGGAGGCUGGGCUGGCUCGGGACCUCUGGCGGACCUCUGGCACUUUGACAGCUGGCGCCAGAUCUGGAGCCAGCUUAACCCACUGAGCCCGCGGCCUUCCCUUCGGUACGGCCAUGUGGCCGCCUGGGACGACACGUCCAUGUCCAUGCUGGUGCAUGGUGGUGUACAGCAGCAACAGGCUCAGUGA